AUGGAAACUCAAGUUUUUAUUCCUUUUAGACCAAGCCCAGCUCUCAACUCUUAUCCGGGGGCAAUGGCGGAACCCAUGACACCCGACUCGAAAGAGAAGUUCUUUCGGUAUUUUCAAGCUGAAAUAACUGCUAUACAAAGCCAAAUCGAUGACCUUAAGACUUUAGCCCCUGUCGGCGGCGAGAGACAGGACUGCAUCGACACGGUCCUAGCUGGAAUAUCCCGCCUGUCUAGCGAGGUUAUGGACGCUGGCGAUUAUAUCCCAGCCUACGACCAACGGACAUAUGCUCAGGCUAUGAAAGCCCUCACAGACAAACUAAACGAGACGACGGCCAAGUUUGCCCCGAAGUCAAGAUUUCAAUUCAAAUCAAAAUCCUCCAAAGCAGCACCGGGAACAGAACGUCCAGCCGAUCCCCGCCAACGUACUUCCUUCAGCAAUGUGGGAUCUAGGCACUCGCCGGUCUUGGACGCAGCAAAACGUGAGGCCGCAGGCACCGCUGCCGAAAUAGCAAAGAAUUACAACGAAGAACUUGAACAGCAAUCAGGUGUGAGGAAGCCGAGUUUCUCCAACGCCAAGAGUAUUUCUAUCUACGACCAUUCCGGACUGCAUAUUAUGUUGCCCUCAACGGCAUCCAGGGCGACGUCUUCGGGGAGUCUGACGAAUCUCGAACGAUGCGUCGUGGAUAUGACGACACCGACGAGUGCAAGAACGCCAUUUGCCGGUUUGGCAUUAAAUAAUAUCAAGGAGAGCUUGAUUGUCGCUGGCCAUGUUGCGGGACCAGUUCACAUUACUGGGCUGAGAAAUAGCAUAGUUGUAGUAGCUGCGCGACAGGUCCGUAUUCACGAGUGUGAGAAUGUUGAUCUAUACCUCCAUUGCUCAAGCCAUCCUAUUAUCGAAGACUGCUCGGGGAUGCGAUUCGCACCUCUACCGGAGCUCUAUGCCACUAAGCUGGAGAUCAAGGGUGAGAACCAGUGGGACCAGGUUGACGACUUCAAGUGGCUGAAGACCGAACCAUCCCCGAACUGGGCCGUCUUGUCUGAAGAGAAGCGCAUCCCGGAGGAAGUAUGGAAGGAUUCUGUGGGUGGAAGUCUUAGCCUCAGUACGGUCGAUAUACUGCGCAAAGUUGGUGUCCUUAGCUCAUGACCAUCCUAAUUCCUUCCGAGCAUACCUCUUUUGAAACUGUCUCCUUGUCCGAGUUUCGACGUAUAAGCAUCAGGUUUAGCGUAUGGUGUCAGUUUUUAUUGCGGUCUUAUCCUGUGCAACAUUGUAAUAUAUACGAUUCCUAUGAAUUAUUAACCCUCCCCGUAUUCCCACACCUGGUCUUCCUAACGCUUCCUCGUGGUAUCGUACCGUACCGUACCGCAUCGUGAAAUAGCCUGAACGCCGAAACUCCACGCCAAUGCGAGUAUACAGUAGCUUUUGCAUCGCGCAUAUCUAACGAUAAACUAACC